GUGAUUGUGUAUUUUUUGUUUGUGUGUAGGUGAAGUGGGUGGGUGUCGAUGAAAGGGGAAGGGAAGAUGGUGUUCAAGUCUAAGUUGAAGUGGGUUGGCUUAGUUGGGCUAGUUCUUUCUGCUUUCUCUCUCUUCACCCAUUUCCUACUGGCUAGAUAUACAGAUGAGGGUAUUUCAAACUACAAGUCUUCAGUCACAAUCUUCUCUUGGAGACCCAUUUUUGAGAAUGCAGAUCUUUCCACUACGAGUCCAUUGUAUAGAAGGUUAUGGGGUCCUGUACGGCGUCUUGAAUCGAUACAUCCACAUGCGAAUCCCAGAGGAAACUACGCAGAUCCCGCUCGACAAACUAAUGGCUUUCUUUUUGUAAGGAUUCGAGGUGGUUUUCACGAGAUCAGGAACUCGAUUUGCGAUGUUGUUGUGGUUUCUCGUCUUCUCAAUGCUACCUUAGUCAUUCCUGAGCUCCAAUCAACUACAAGCAGCAAGGGAAUCAGCUCAGAGUUCAAGAGUUUUCCUUACCUCUAUGAUGAAGAUCAGUUCAUGGCAGCGUUAAUAAAAGAUGUCAAAAUUGUGAAAACCCUUCCAAAGGAACUCAAAGGAGCAAGGAGAAAGAAAGAAAUCCCUUCGUUUAAAGUGCAUAGCUCGUUGUCUCCUUAUUUUUAUCUGCGCCAUGUUUUGCCAGUAUUAAACAGACAUUCGGUGGUUGAAUUAGUUGUUUCUGAUGGUGGAUGCUUGCAGGCCAUACUUCCUACCCAUCUUGAAGAAUAUCAAAGGCUGAGAUGUAGGGUUGCUUUUCAUGCCCUGAGGCUCCGGCAGGAGGUCCAGGAACUUGCCACCAAAAUUUUGAAUAGGUUGAGGGCUCCUGGAAGGCCAUUUAUAGCAUAUGAUCCAGGGAUGACCAGAGAUGCUCUAGCAUAUUAUGGUUGUGCAGAACUUUUCCAGGACGUACAUACAGAACUCAUUCAGCAUAGACGAUCAUGGAUGAUCAGACGUGGUAUCAUCAAGGGGAAUCUUUCUGUGGAUUCAGCAUUGCAGCGCCUUAAUGGUUCUUGUCCGCUUAUGCCAGAAGAGGUUGGUAUUCUACUUCGUGCAUAUGGUUACUCAUGGGAUACAACAAUUUUUGUGUCUGGGGGAGAGGUCUUUGGUGGCCAGAAGAAUUUGAUUCCACUACAUGCUAUGUUUGAAAAUGUUGUUGACAGGACCUCCCUAAGCACACCAUGGGAGCUAAAUAAAAUAUAUGGUCGUGAGAGUAUCCUUAUUGACAAACAUCCAAGAACUCUGCCUUCUGUUAAGGAAGAACAGAAACAGAAACAUGACGCAUGGAAAACUAAAGGCCCACGUCCUCGCCCCCUUCCACCACCACCCGCACGGCCCAAAUACCCAUAUAAUAUUGAAGGCUGGUGGGGUUGGGUAGCUGAGAGUGACAAUGAGCCUGAGAGUACAGUUAUGGAGUUGAGGACUAACGCCCACAAACUAUUAUGGGAAGCUAUUGACUACGCAAUCUGUGUGGAAGCUGACGUGUUCAUCGCUGGAUUUGAUCAUGAUGGUAAAGGACAUCCAAAUUUUGCAGGCUUGGUAAUGGGGCACAGACUCUAUCAGUCGGCUGCAUCUAAAACAUACAGACCAGACAGAAAAGAAGUUGUGAAGCUUUUGGAAGAGAUACGAGACCACCUUUAUCAAGCCAACCAUACAUGGAUUAGAUCAGUACGCAGGCAUCUGCGAAGAACCUUACUUGAUGGACUAACAGAAGAUUCCGUGCGAUCAAAGCCACUAUCUUUUCUCUCUUUCCCAGUUCCUGAAUGUUCUUGUAUGAGGCAUGACACUGCUGAAACAUCAUUCCAUGCUUCAAGUCCUUCGGCUCACUCACAACUCCAACUUGCUAUCGGAGUUAUGAACCAUUGCCCUUCUUGGAUGGACAGUGAUGUGAUAUCCCGACCAAGAGACAAGGACAGUGAAGAAGAUCUUGACGAGGAUGAUUCUGCUUCAUCUGGCUUGUUAUUUGGGCAGACUGGAAAAUAUGAAAGUGGAGGUGGAGAUAUAAACAACAAAGAGGAAGCUCCAAUGGAGGAUCAAGAAGAAAUGGAGGGCGGAGAAAGAUGAUGUGAGGCUGAAUUAGAUUGCCAUACGAUAUCUCUUUGGGCGCCCUUAAGCAGAACCGGCCUUUGCUUGUUAGUCAUGUACAUAUGACGUAAGUUACUGAUUUCAGAGAGGUCACUAAUUGUUUAGGAUUCAGUUUUGUUCUAUAGCUAGUCACAGUCAGUAGUUUAAUUGUAGCCCUUCUUGGGAAUAUAGUCCUUCCUGUGAAGCAGUUUUGAUUCAGCCCAAUAUAUAUUUUUGUAGAAUACUGUUCUAGGAAGCAUUCUUACUCUGCCUCAAAUUGAUGUAACAGAGACCCCCAAAAAAAGAAGGUUAUUUGUCUGAUCCACCUGAUUGAAUGAGCAAUAUGUGAUCUUCAAUCAAUUGAACAAG